AUGGCGAUGAUGAUGGCUGGCCGUGUGCUGCUGGUGUGUGCCCUCUGCGUGCUGUGGUGCGGUGCCGGCGGUGGUGGAUGUUCUGAACCAACUCCAGAUCUUCCGGGUACUCAGUCCGAAGACCGCAAUACCCCUAAAAAUGAAAAAGAGACCAUUGGUGGCGCUGGAGGAGGUGGCCAAAGCGGUAAACCGGCAGCGUCACAAGAAACAUCAUCACCGGUGCAAAUCGAGAUGGGAACGGGAGCGGGAGCGGCAACGAACUCCUCACCGGCACCAAAACCGGGAAAACAACAAGCAUCAGCAAUUUUAACACCAAAGACGGAAAACAACAAUGAGAAAACAAAAGAAGAAGGAACGAGGUCGGAAGAGGAGGAAAAUGAAGAUGAAAAUGAAGAUGAAAAUGAAGAAGAUGAAGAGAAAGAAGAUGGGGGUGAAGAUCACAAAGAUGAGAAAGAUAAAGAGAAGGAGGAAGAUUAUACCGGCACCACAGUGGGGACGUCAGCAGAAGGUCAAGAGCAGCCAAGUUUAUCUUCUGGUGCGGAGGGAGCAUCGAAUAAAACAAAUCCCAACAGCACACCAACAACUGGAGACGGUGAUCCAGUAGCUGAUGUUUCAGGGGCAGCAGAGGGAAAACCGGAUGAAAAUAAAGAAGCCAAUCCGAAAGAAACACCAGUCGAAGCCACAGCCAUGAAAAAUACAACAGUGAAUACUGGCGACAGUGACGGCAGCACCGCGGUCUCCCACACCACCUCCCCUCUUUUGCUUCUCUUUGUUGUUGUUGCGUGUGCGGCUGCUGCUGCGGUGGUGGCCGCGUGA